AUGAGUCCCCCCGCCGCCCUCGAUGUCAACCUCGUAGGAGUGACCGACACUUCGACCGUCCCUGUCCCGGAUCCUCUUGCUGUCAAUGGCGUCUCCGCGUGGAGGCAAAAGACCGCGAAGGUCCCUACUGGCGUGGCGGCGGCAUGCAACAGUGAUAUGUUCAAGAGCCCGGCUUGCUAUACUAAGCCCAAGGCCAAGCGUUUUGAGCACCGAUUCUCUGUUGAGUCCAAGGCUCGCAAGGCGUCCACCCUAAAGACUGCUGCUGGUUAUCUCAAGAACCCAGGUCUUAUUUCACUUGGUGGUGGAUUGCCCUCCUCUGAAUACUUCCCCUUCGAGCACCUCGACAUCAAGGUCCCUACUGCCCCCGGAUUCUCCCCCGAAGAAACCCAGAAGACAGGCACAGUGUUGCGCGCUGGCAAGCAUGAUAUUCAGGAAGGAAAGAGCGUUUAUGACUUGGAGAUUGCUCUUAACUACGGUCAGGCUACCGGAGCCGCGCCGUUGCUUCGUUUCGUGACUGAACACACUGAGAUUAUCCACGCUCCCCCAUACUCUGACUGGCAAUGCACCCUAACAGCUGGCAGCACCUAUGCCUGGGACACUGCCCUCCGUUUGCUGUGUGAGCGGGGCGACUACAUUCUCAUGGAAGAAUACACUUUUGCCAGUGCAGCCGAGACUGCCUUCCCCUUGGGUUUGAAGGUCGCUGGUAUUCCCAUGGACGAGCAAGGUCUUCUCCCCGAAGCCAUGGAUGACAUUCUCAGCAACUGGGAUGUCAAGGCCCGUGGGGCCCGCAAGCCUCAUGUGCUGUACACCAUCCCAACAGGUCAGAACCCCACUGGUGCAACUCAGACCGCGGAUCGCCGUCGCGCAGUUUACAAGGUAGCCCAGAAGCACGAUAUCAUCAUUGUCGAAGAUGAGCCCUAUUACUUCCUGCAAAUGCAGCCCUACGUCGGCGAGGACGCUAAACCAGUUCCUCCUCCCGCUACCCACGAGGAGUUCAUCAAGUCCCUUGUUCCCUCAUUCCUGAGCAUGGAUGUGGAUGGCCGUGUGGUUCGUCUUGAAUCCUUCUCCAAGGUCAUUUCUCCCGGUAGUCGUGUCGGAUGGAUCGUUGCCUCCGAACAGGUCAUCGAGCGCUUCAUCCGUAAUUUCGAGGUCUCUUCGCAAAACCCCAGCGGUAUUGCCCAGGUGGCUCUCUUCAAGCUCCUCGAUGAGCACUGGGGCCACUCUGGAUACCUCGACUGGUUGAUCAACCUGCGCAUGUCCUACACCACUCGUCGUGACUCCCUUGUUCACGCUUGUGAAAAGCACCUGCCCCGCGAGAUUGCCCAUUGGGAGGCCCCGGCGGCAGGCAUGUUCCACUGGAUCAAGGUCGAUUGGCGCAAGCAUCCCGGCAUCAGCGCCGGCAAGACCCAUGCCCAAAUCGAAGAAGAUAUCUUCUUGACUGCCGUCGACGCAGGCGUUCUGCUCUCGCGCGGUAGCUGGUUCAAGCCUGACCACGACACUGUUGAGGAGAACAUGUUCUUCCGUGCGACCUUCGCCGCUGCUUCCUCCGAAAAGAUCGACGAGGCUAUCUCUCGAUUCGCCGCGUCCCUUCGCAGUCAAUUCGGCCUGUAA